GCAAUCGAUAGUACACAACAAACCCGAACACAUGUUAAUUGUUGUCUUUUUUUGGCCGUAAAAUAUUAAAUUGUAAUUGUUUAACUAAUGUUAAACUAGUUUACCCAUUGCCCGAGUGGAUGUAAUGAAAAGGGCUGCCACAAUGGACCAGUUACCAUAUCAAACAGCAGUAAAGCAGGCCCAACUGGUGGAGAGGAAUCCCCAAUGCCAGGUGGAUCCCAUGCGGGUGUCCAUGCACGAGGAGGGAGACAUCAUAGCCCUGGCCCAGCAAAUCCAGAAUGCCGACAAGCAGCUCAAAAACACUACCUGCCACAAGCUAGGCGUGAUUAUGGAUCAGAUCAAAAUGCUGCAAGCCCAAGCUAUGGACAUACUCAAGGAGUCCAAUAUUAACCGAGAACUGCAUGGUGCCGCCUGCAACUUUAACAAAAAGCCCGGACAAAUCUAUCAUCUGUAUCAGAGGGCAUCGGGUCAAAACUAUUUCAGCAUGCUAUCGCCACAAGAAUGGAAUCAUUCGGUGGACCAGACCUUCAAGGGCAGCUACAGACUGGAGUUCGAUAUGAGCUGGACACCUGUGGAUAAGAUCAAGGAGCAGGAUGCGAAACUCAAGUGGACAGAGCAAUGCAUACAAAAUGCCAUGGACUCGACGAUGGCCAUUGAUUUUAAUUUAAGCAAUAGCUAAAUUUUCUAAUGGAAGUUAAGCAUAAUAACCAAGGUAGAGAUUAGUUUCAAUUCAUUUCAGUCUACUAAUAAACACAAUUUGUAGAGAA